AUGUGGAAAUACGGUAGUGGAAUGGAUCGCGUCGAUACGUUUCGGAUUUUAGAAGCUGAUGUAGCUAAGUGGGAGAAGAAGUGUGAAGCAUUGAGGAAUGAAGGGUCCUCGUCUGGUGAUGGAUCAGGAGGGAUGCAAGUUGGACCUUCAAAUGAUAUCCGCAAUGAAAUCAACCUCGAAAAUAUAAAUAGCUUUGAGAAUAAUAGUUUGGAUAAUGUUAAUUUGAAUAUUUCAAAUGGUGUUAUGCCUUUACAGUAUUAUACAAAUGAGUAUCAGAUAUCCAAUUCAGGAGUCUCUGCAGUUACAAAUGCUGGACCGUCCAUGUAUGGUGUGGUCUCUACUUUGCCUGUGCGUGCACAUUCUGGUUCACAGAAUAUCCCUCAAGUUCUUGCUUUGGCUCCACAAUUGGCUGGAGUCACUCAAGUACCUGCCUUGACUCCACAAAUGGCUGGAGGAAAUGUGCAUACAGGAGCUCCUCCUCCUUGGUUAGAAGCAACUGAAGAAAAUCAGCUAAAUGUUCAACAAAAACCGAUUUCUUCUAGAUCUGUUCCAGUUUCAAAUAAGUCUGGGAAAUCUCAUAAAUUGAACCCAAAAAGGGUAGGUGCUGCUUGGGCAGAAAGGAGAAAGAUGGAGAUGGAGAUGGAGAAGAGAGGAGAGAUGGUCAAGAGUGAUUGCAAUGCAAACUGGCUUCCCAAUUUUGGUAGAGUUUGGCAGUCUGGCAGCCGAAAGGAAUCUAGAAAAGAAUUUGAGAAGGAGAAACGAAAAUUACCUAAUGUUGAGAGUCAUACUGAGAUGCCAAUUACAAUACAGCCUUAUAUCAGCAAACGAAUGGCUCUUGAUUGGCAUGCUCUUGACUCGUGUGUGGAUAAAAAGAUGUCAUGGCAUCUGAAACAAUCUUCAAUAUGUGCAUGGAUCAAGAACGUUACAGACUAG